UUUUACUUUCGAUUUCAAUUUUCGGAAAUACUAGUGAAGAGCUGUCUUCUUUUAACAAUUAUUCUGGUUAAGCUGUGAGAAAUUUUAUAAGAUGUUAUGACAUUUUGAUUUAUCUUCAACGAGAGCCGUGAUGGACUCGAACUAUCAGAGUAAAAUAGAAAUACAAAGUGCAGUGAACUCUCAAAAUGUCGAGGAGCUUCUUCAGUUGUGUACAAAUCCUGCACACAAAGAAGCAGUUUUAAAAUAUAACGAAUCCAAUGGGAGGAAAUUAAUUCAUUAUGCGGCUUCUUUCGGUUCCCUAGGAUUAUUGAAAUCUUUAGUUGACUUGGGUGCAGAUCUAAAAUCUACAACAAACGACUUUGAUGGUGGUCAAAAUAUAUUACACAUAGCAUGUGAAAACGGUAAGUUGAACAUUGUAGAGUACGUACUCCAGACCGUGCGAGAAAAUUCAUUCAGAAACACCUUAACAAAGGACUACUCUGGGAAAAAUCAUAAAAGUGCAUUAUAUUAUGCAGCAAAAUCAGGAUGUGAAGAUAUAGUACGACUUUUAAAAUCUGCUGGAUUAAACAUAAACGAACAAUUCCCUAAUAAGAAAACAGCACUAUAUACCCUGAUAAUAGAAAAUGAAUAUGCAGGAGCUGAGAUUUUGUGUCGAAACGGAGCCAACCCAAGCAUCGGGAUUGUGGGCAGAGGAUUGCAAUCUAUUCAUUAUAUGGCCGAACGAAAAGAGGGCAACAAAUUUUUGCCAUUACUUCUGAAAUACGGAGCAAACGUUAACGAACCAUGGGGUAGAAAACCAUACGGUCAACAACCUCUUUUCAUUGCAAUAAAAACAGGAAUGGAAGGUAAUGCAAAAAUACUUUUAGAGGCUGGAGCGAAUGUGUCAUUUCGUGGAAAACCAUCUGACAAAGCAAUUGGAUGGAUAGGCUCCUUUUGUUUUGCAGCUAUGAAAUGUCCAUCCCUAAUUCCAGAUUUUUUGAAGUACAGAGCAGACCCAAAUGAAGUACACGAACAAAGCGGUAAAUCUGUACUGCUUCUUGCUAUGGACAAUCAUGCCCGUAAAGAUGACGUAAUAGCUUUGAUCAAGGCUGGAGCUAGUAAAGGGAGACUCGGUAAAACGGCCAUACAGUGCUGUAAAUCAUACGGUCAGCUGUGCUUAUUCCGCAAAGCAGGUAUUUCUGUAAAUAUCAUCGAAAUACAACACAAUGUGUCGACACUAGGACUGCUGCUAAACAAUGCUUCAAAUGCCACUUCUUCAAAAUUAUCACAGAUCGUUACAGAAUUAUUAUCAGAAGGAGCCAAUCCGAACAUGAUACCACAGGAAGAAGAUUCACCUCUGAUCAUAUCUGUAAGGAAAAAAAUGUCGGAUGUUGUAGAUAUGUUGAUUAAGCACAAAGCUAACGUGAACCACCUUGGGAAAAACGGAUACACUGCUAUCCAUGUUUGUUGUGAAAAUGUGCUUGAUGCCAGUUCCAGGGAAAUUAGUUACAUACUGAUUGAGGCUGGAUCUGAUAUGAAUAAGCCUAAUGAAGAAAAUGUCUAUCCGUUAGAGUCCUUACUGAAGUGUAACCCGUUAGCUACUAGUUACUAUUCAGGAAGCCGUUUGCUGUCUGAUGGAUCAAUUGCUACUAUUGAAAGUUUUUUGUCGAAAAUGUUGGAAAAUGGUGUAGACCCAAACUGUAACAGAAAUAGCAAGUCAUCUCCUCUUGUGAUUGCCAUAGAAAGAGGAUUGGGAAACGUUGUUACUCUUUUAAUUGAAAAAGGAGCGAAUGUCUUGUAUACAGAUGGUAAAGGUGAAACGCCUUUCAGCACCUGCUUAAAAUUGACAUCUACAAAUAGAGAUGACAUUAUGAAAGCAUUAAUAGAUAAAGAAAUUCCUUUAAAUGAUGUAUGUAGUGACGCAGGGUAUCCACUGAAUCUUGUCCUAGAAAGGAAGUUUGACAACAGUGUGGUAGAAAUGAUGCUUAAAAAAGGGGCCAAUCCAAAUUUGGUUACACCUGGAAAAUCUUCCGCAUUGAUGCUAGCUAUAGCAGACGACCGUUUCAAGGUGUCAUGUGAUCUUAUGAGAGCCAGUACUGACGUAAACUUUACAAAUGACACAGGAGAAACAGUAUUUGGUCUUUUUGCACUGAAAGUAAAGGAAAAGCUGGGAAAACAACAUCUUGAUAAAUGUCGAAGUACUGAAAUUACAAACAACAGGUCAAGAACUAUAGUAUUUAAAAGCUUUCUUGAGUUUGGUGUUGAGAUAGACAAACCAACGAAAUCUAACAUUCAUCCGCUGUUGGUAGCAGUAUGGCUUUGUAAUGAGGAAAUAGUAAACACGAUAUUAGAGAGAGGUACAACUGUUGAUGAUGAUCGGUUUGUUGCAAUCUUGGCAGCAGCUAUAAGACGUGAUCAGACUGAGAUAGUAAAACUGAUGCUUAAAUCAAGGCCUUGUGUAAACCACAAAAUAGCACUCAAAAGAAAAAAAGCACUUGUUGAUGGAGGUUCCAGUGAAAAAUACACGAAGAUUUCUUCAUCGUCAUCUGUGGUAUCGGAAAGCCCUUCUUGUUCCAUAAAUGAUACCGUUUUAAAUAUGGUUUUAAGAGAUAUGCCAGAAUUGUCCAUCGAUCAAAAAGAGCAAUUUGUAAAUCUUCUUCUUGAAUAUAAAGCCGAUCCUAAUCUGGUUGAAGAAGGUAGACAUUCGCCUCUGUUGCAAGCGGUUAACCUUGGAGCGUCAAAAAUAGUAAAGGCUCUAUUGGAUGCAAAAGCCAAUGUAAAUCAUAAAGGGAAAGAAAACAACACACCACUGCAUGCACAUUUCGUAGUUUUUGCGACUGAAUUAUCAAGAACAUGA